AUACCAAACACGGCCUUCAGAUAAUUUAGAACACCCCGCGAAUCUAUAAAACGAAAUUUUUGGAGCAAUUUAAAUUUUAAACCGCCGCUGAGAGAUGGCAACUAAAGGAGCUCCGACGUCCAACAAAUCGGAUCCUACAUACUCUCUUCAAUCUCAAGAACAAAGGAGUCUGAAUGAUGCGUUAAGGAAGGCAAAUGGUAUAUUACAUGGUGGUUCAGGAGCUCUAAACUCUUUCCUUUUAAGCAUGUUAGCUCUGGAGAACAAUGAUGAAGCUGAUGCAUCUAUGAGCAUCAGAAAUCCCCGAGAAAAAAGACCAGCCUUGGGCCAUAAGCCUGCUCAGUUUUCUUUGAGGCCAAACAUAUCGCAGGCCUCUGCUGAUUUCAAAGUCAAUUUGAACAUUGAUCAACUGCACGACCCAGUGGAUUUCUUUCCAGCCUAUGAUCCCAAAGAUGAAAUGCAAAGACAUAAAGAUGGAAGUAUAUAUAAAAUAAAUGACUCCAUACUAUCUGAAAAUCCACGCAGUCGGCAGCCAGGAAUCUUGGGGAAGUCAGUUAGUUAUAAGCACCAUUAUUCAUCAGCAGUUUCUGAAAAUGAUGAUAAUUUUUUAUCCUCCCAAGAGGCAAUACAGGAGGACAGUCUAUGUCCAUCUAAAUUUGUUUGGCAACAAGAAACAGCACAUUCUGAUAUUGAUUUGCAGGGAAAGGAAGUAGUAGAAUCAAUACCUAAGACUGAGAAAAGAAUCAGUGAGAUUUUGGAUAAAUUGCUGUCAGAAAGUAUCGAAAUUUUGGAUGGGGAUGGGGCACCCUCCUCAAUGCAGGAGGGCCUGCAGACAAAACCUGUCAAUGUAGACAAGUAUUUGCCUGACUUCAGUUGCACAGGAAGGAGUAUUAUAGCUUUAGAAAAAGAAUUUCCUCAGAAUCGAAUAUUACAGACUGAUGCUCCGAAGUUGAUUAGAGGAUUGAGUGGCAAAUCACCUAUAAAAAGUAAAAAUGUUGCAGAAAAUCCAGUUCAUAAUUUAGCUUCCUCUACCACGCCAAAAAGCCCAUUUGCUGCGUUAUCUCUAUUAAACAAGCACAUUUCUCAGUUAAAACCAAAUAGUGAUCCGUUCGUGGAUCUGGAUAUUGAUCUAUCAUCGGCCAGAAAUGCUUCUUCAGUGGAAGAAUUUAACCGACUAUCACAAAAGGUUGAUGAAGGGAAGGGGUUGAUUAUUUCUAGCAAGCUGACUUCACCAACAGAAGUUGAAGCUACAAGAACUGCAGUAAAUGGUCAAUCAGACUCCACUUUAACGAAAGGCCUUCUAAUGAAUGGACAACCGAUAGCUGCAGACUCCACCUUUGGAAAAGACCUUAAACAACGUAACAAGGCACCAAGAAAAGGUUCAGCAAAGGGCAAAAGCAAGGCAACACAUGAACAGAAGAGAAGAAAAGCAAUUCCCAGACAAAGUCUGAUGGAGACUGGUAGAUGCUUGGAGUCUGGCAUUCGCCACAGCAAGAGAAUUAGGACCAGGCCUUUGGCAUAUUGGAAAGGGGAAAGGUUUUUAUAUGGUCGAGUUCAUGAGAGUCUGGCAACUGUGAUUGGAAUAAAGUACAUGUCUACAGCGGAAGAGAGCGGGCAGCCUACUUUCAGGGUAAGUUCGUAUGUCUCAGAUGAACACAAAGAGCUUGUGGAACUGGCAGCAAUGCACUGAGAUCUUUAGCAACAGACGAUGAAACUCAAGUAAACCGAAGUCACUAUUUUUCUUUGCACUUUACCUAUAUGGUAAAUCUCUCUUUUUACCAUACUGGUAGUGUUUUUUAUUACUAGCUUAAAAUCCGUUGCACUUUCGAAAUUCUAAAAUGUUUUAUCGGUAAUAGGUACUUUCUUUUUUUCCUUUCUAAUUUGUGGCUUUUUAGGUCUGCGUAUUGUAAAAUUGCAGUAAUUGAGGAUUUUUUUAACAUACUGCUUCUUUUAUGAGUUGGAGAUUGUGUAAACUGAAGGGCUGCUAUUUUAUGAAGUAUUUUAACUUUUGAAUCUCA